UUCCGUGAGUCGGGCUGUCACAAUUGGAUGUUUUCGGAGUGAAUUCGCCAAUAUAUAUUUUACAGUGCUGACUGAGAUUUAUUCAUAAUUCAGACGAGAAGUGUAAAUAGUGUCAGGUGAUGGAAACAUUUCUACGAUUGUGGCAUAAUUUCUAACUCACGUUACGUCUUGCAUCAUAACAAUUGCUGUCAAUGUAAUCUGAUUAUUCUAACCGAGGUGUGCAGAACGGCGAGAUCAUAACUGUAAAGGACGAAUAAAAGGAGUUUCCAAGGACUAGCAAAAUGUCGGAUAAAAUUCCAAACAAUCAGACUCAGCCUAUUGUCAAAAUAGGUCACUAUACUCUAGGACAAACACUGGGCGUUGGAACAUUUGGCAAAGUUAAAAUCGGUGAACACGUUUUAACCAAGCAUAAGGUUGCAAUAAAGAUCUUGAAUCGCCAAAAAAUCAAAAGUUUAGAUGUCGUGGGCAAGAUCCGCAGGGAAAUUCAAAAUCUUAAACUGUUUCGUCAUCCUCACAUUAUUAAACUGUAUCAGGUUAUUAGUACCCCAACGGAUAUAUUUAUGAUAAUGGAAUAUGUAUCUGGUGGUGAACUCUUUGACUACAUUGUGAAGCAUGGAAAACUUAAGGAAUAUGAAGCUCGAAGGUUCUUCCAGCAAAUAAUCUCAGGAGUUGAUUAUUGUCACCGUCAUAUGAUAGUUCAUCGUGAUUUAAAGCCUGAGAAUUUAUUAUUGGAUCACAAUCUACAUGUCAAGAUUGCAGACUUUGGUCUAUCAAAUAUGAUGAUGGAUGGAGAAUUUCUUCGCACAUCUUGUGGGUCCCCAAAUUAUGCUGCUCCUGAAGUAAUUUCUGGAAAAUUAUAUGCCGGACCCGAAGUGGAUAUCUGGUCAUGCGGAGUGAUAUUAUAUGCCUUACUUUGCGGCACACUGCCAUUCGAUGACGAACAUGUACCAACCUUGUUUCGCAAAAUCAAAUCGGGCAUUUUUCCCAUUCCUGAGUACCUGAAUAAAACUGUAGUGAGUCUUCUGUGCCACAUGCUGCAAGUCGAUCCAAUGAAACGAGCUACCAUUGAAGAUAUAAAAAAACAUGAGUGGUUCCAAAAGGACUUGCCUUCCUAUCUGUUUCCAUCUCCUGUCGAGCAGGAUGCUUCUGUAAUAGACAUAGAUGCAGUUAAUGAGGUGUGUGAGAAGUUCAAUGUGGUGGAGGCCGAGGUGCAUUCUGCACUUCUUAGCUGUGAUCCCCAUGAUCAACUGGCGAUUGCAUACCACUUGAUUAUAGACAAUAAGAGGAUCGCGGAUGAAGCGGCAAAGGCGGAAUUAAAGGACUUUUAUGUUGCCUCUAGUCCACCUCCGGUAGCUUUCAGUCCAAACGAUGCCAGUAACAGUCCGCUGCGACCUCAUCCAGAAAGAAUUGCGCCAUUACGUGAACGACAAGGUUCUCAUGGCAGUGCUCCAGCACAUCAACAAGGAAACCGAGGAACACCGGUAAAAAGAGCCAAGUGGCACUUAGGAAUUAGAUCACAGUCCAAACCAAAUGACAUUAUGAACGAGGUGUAUCGUGCUAUGAAGGCUUUAAACUUUGAGUGGAAAAUUAUUAACGCAUACAGCGUCAGAGUGCGCCAAAAGAAUUUACUCACGGAUAGGUUCAGCAAAAUGUCUCUGCAACUGUAUCAAGUCGAUGGCAAGAGCUACUUACUUGACUUCAAAUCGUUGUCGAGCGAAGAAGCUGAAGACGUCAUAAGAGAUCCAACUAUUCCUCCACCUCAGGCAACGGGUCAUCAUACGAUGGAAUUCUUUGAAAUGUGUGCGGCCUUGAUAACUCAAUUAGCCAGAUAAAGGAGUGAAGUAUACUAUUACUGGUGAAAAGACAUACGAGGCAUUGCCUUUGAGAUAGCUGCAAAAGGUGAGCAAAAUGAGGUGAACGUUUAGGAAAGGACUAACUGGUCAUGACGACAUGCCACCUUUUCUUAUUCAAGUUAGAUAGGUAAAAACGUAUUACAAAUAAUUGUAUAGAACAAAUGAGUGUACUUUUUAUUUGAUACAUUCAGCCCACACUAUAGGUGUAAAGUAGAUUAUUUUAAAUAAAAUGUAUUGACAAAACUU